AUGGCUGGAUUCUAUCAGGCAAACGCCGAGGUCCGGCAGGCGAACGCCCCAGACGAACCUCAGUUCAACAUCUUAAACACAGAAAUAUUCCCUAUCGAAGCCGAUUGCCUAGACCAGUCUGAGUCUCCCACGACGGAAUUUCAUCAAUUCUCUCGUUUCCCAACUGAGAUACAGCUGCAUAUCCUGGAGCUCACACAGUCGCCUAGUGCCAAGCGACUGGUCACUAUCCACAUUAAUGAAGUCUUAAGAGCCGAGAAAGACUCUCAAAGCCUAUACCUGCAAAAUUCUUUGUAUACAGAAUCAAAUGAUUUGGGAAAUGUCAUAAGCGGGGCUAGAUAUCGUGCCACACUAUCGCACCCCCCUCGAAGCAGCAUCUUGCUCCAAAUUUGCCGGAAUUCCAGAGAAUUCGCCCUGCGAAAAUACCGUAUCCGCCUUCCUAUGAACCCUCGAGAUCCCAAGAGCAACGAGUGUCUUUACAUCGAUCCGGAAAACGAUACUCUGUACAUCGAGUCAUUCUUCGUCCGGCCUUCAACUCUAGUCGGCUUCUUUCACGAUCUUCGGGCAUACGAUAAAAAAGGAAGCGGCCUUUGGAACCUCGCUAUCAACACUCAGUAUGUUAAUGAACUUUCGGUUCUGCGUUCCUUUAACCUUGAAAACUUGCGGCCGGCGGAGGUGAGAUCAUUCAAACAGAGUCUUAUGACCCUGAAGCAUCUAUGGUUCAUCAACCUGCUCGAUGAGGACAAUAGGUACACAGAGCAACCACCGACGCAGACACUCGACAUCGGCUCGUCUUACCAAAAACCAGUCUCUCACGCCAUGCCCCUCUUUCCCGAAGCUUCUGAGUUCUAUCUCAUGCCUUCCGACCCUCGCGGGCUUAAGCCCUCCGACUUUGAGCAGGUGCUCUCCCAAGAAUAUGAUAGCCCAAUGGCUGGGUGGCUUCUGUGGGAAUCUAUGGAGAGUUUAUUUGGCAUGACAGCAGAGAAUGGAUCAUUGCCACGGCGAGAGGUCUCGUAUGUGAUAGCCAUUGAAGCAACAAAGGAUCACACCGUGCACUUAGCCGAUUACCCCGACCUAUACGAGCAAAACGCUAUACGCAGCAUCAAUUCCCUGCAAAAUUACCUUGCGAGGGAGAGGCAUCACGCACCGUCGGAGUAUGGCAGCCUCGAAGAAAUCGAAACGGGGCAGGAGGUAUCGGUUGCAGGCUUUUGGGUCUUUCCAAUAGAUGUGUUUGAUGGAAAAGAGCCUCAGGAUGCUGUAGAAUAUUCCGAUAUGCAUUUCAUAGAUUUCUCCAAUAGGAGUCCAGCGCUAGGGCCUAACAGAAUGGCGACCUAG